AUGAUUUAAAUUCUCAAGAUUUUGAGAUUUAUUACCGUUUCUACCUAUGAAACUAAUAAGCAAUGUAAAUUUCAUUUUAUUUUCUCCCCCUUCAUCACACUAUUUUAAAAACUUCUUUUAAUUCUAAAUUAAAAUUUUUAACAAAUAUUUAACAAAAUUUAAUGGGCAUCCAUUAAAUAAACUUAUUUAGUAUAUUCAAAAUAUUUAAUAUAAAUAGAUACUGAUAUGUGCAUUUAAAUUUGGAACUAUUUAAAGGGAGAUUUAAAGGGAUACAUUUUGAAAAGAAAUUUAUAGCUGUUUUUAUUAGCUGUAAUGAAUAUAUAUGAUAAAAAAGGCCUUAUUCCAAAAUUGUAAACAGAUAGUAUUUCAAAUGUGUUAUAAAACCAUAUCAGCAAUCAAAAGUAAACCUCUGACAUUAAAAUAAUAGAAGAUUUUCAAAUGCAAAACUCAGUAUUCUCUAAUUUAAGCGAGACAAAUAGUAAAUCUUAAUAUAAUUUAAGUUCAGACUCCUAGUCGCUGGAUAAAACUAACAGAUUCUAGAGUGUUUAGCAAGAAAUUACUUUUGAUGAAAUUGGGAAUAUUAGUUUGAGUUAGCAAGAAGUGUAUAAUAUUCAUUAAAAGUAUUAAAUAUUGUACAACAAUAGAUUGUCAACAAAGAAACCAAGUUAAUUGUAAGAUUAACAAUAAAUAAAUCAAUAAUCUAGCGAAACUUAAAAUAGAUCAAAGAGUCCUAAGUUAAUCAGUUAAAAUAGUGAGUAUUUUGCUUAAAAGAAGAGAUAAAAACUAAUAGAAGAAAUAAUCUAGAAAGAACCUCAAAUAAAAAAAAUAGAUCUGGCUUCUCUUUUGAGUUACUAACAAGAAAAGACUAAUAUCGAAAUUCAGUAAUUAAGAUAAAAAAAUAUCUAAGAAGAAUUAAGUAAUUGUACUUUCAAACCAUAAUUAAUCUAAAGUCCCCUCGUAAAAUAGUUUUUAUGA